AUGCGUUCCAUAUCCUCACUUGCCUUUCUGUCCGCGAUUGGAGCAGUCUCCGCCCAAGUUGCGAGCUCGGCACCAUCGUCAACUUUCUCGACUGCCGUUUCUUCGACCGAAGACCCUUCAUCGACUGUGUCUGGAACUUUUUCUACCUCCCUGAGCUCUUCUCAGGCCGCUGGUAGCAGCUCUUUUGCCAAGGUGGAUGGUCUCAAGUUCAACAUUGACGGCGAAACCAAGUACUUCGCUGGCACGAAUGCGUAUUGGCUGCCAUUCCAGACCAAGGAUGCUGAUGUUGACUCUGUUUUCAAAAACCUGAAAGAGUCUGGUCUUAAGAUUCUCCGAGUUUGGGGUUUCAAUGACGUUAACACCGUCCCUCAGGAUGGGACAGUCUACUUCCAGCUCCACGACAAGGCCACCGGUAAAACUACCAUCAACACUGGCGCUGAUGGUCUAGAGCGUCUUGAUUACGUUGUUUCUGCCGCUGAGAAGCACGGUAUCAAGCUUAUCAUUCCCUUUGUGAAUUACUGGGAAGACUACGGUGGCAUGGCAGCCUACAUUACUGCCUACGGAGGCAGUAAGACGGAUUGGUAUACCGACAAGAAGAUCCAAAGCGUAUACCAAGCGUACAUCAAGGCCGUUAUCUCUCGAUACGAGGAUUCUGCAGCUAUCUUUGCGUGGGAGUUGGCUAAUGAGCCUCGCUGCGCGAGCUGCAAUACCGAUAUCAUCGCUGACUGGGUUGCCAAGACUUCUGCCUAUAUUAAGUCCCUCGAUUCUAAGCAUCUGGUCACUACCGGUGAAGAGGGCAUGGGCCUAACUGUUGGGUCGGAUGGGUCUUACCCAUACACCUACAAAGAAGGAAGCGACUUUGCCAAAAACCUUGCAGCCCCUGAUAUUGAUUUCGGAGUCUUCCAUCUCUACACGGCUGACUGGUCAAUCGAAGAUAAUGAGUUUGGCAACCAAUGGAUCGAAUCACACGCCAAGGUUUGUGAUGCUGCUGGGAAGCCCUGUUUGUUCGAGGAAUAUGGCAUCAAGAAUGACCACUGCUCGGACUCGCUGAAGUGGCAGAAGACCGCCUUGGCUACCCACGGCAACGCUGCUGAUCUUUUCUGGCAGUAUGGCCAGGAGCUAUCCACCGGUCCUUCUCCAGAUGAUAAAUACACUAUCUACUAUGGCACUGACGACUGGAAGUGCACCGUCACUGACCAUGUCAGUCAGAUCUAG